CACAAAAAAACAGCACGCCGCACACACACACAGGCGCCAACCGCCAACAACACGUCAAAAGCAUUUUCUCCUGUUUCCGAGAGAUUUAGCUUUUUUGUUCGGAUUUUUUUGUUUUCUUCCCCCGCUUGAUUGGAGUUUGAUUUUAACCAUCCGCAAACCGGCCGGGAAGAUCUUAACGGUCAAACGGAUGCGGUAAGUGAACCUCCCCGCUUCGCCGUUGCGGUGCUCCACCAUCGACCGGCGGCACUGUUUUCGUGUGCUGGCCGUGUGUGUACCAUGCCGGAACGCGAACCGCGCUUCCUCAACAACAAAGGACACUGGAAAAGGUGAGGUGAGGUUGGGCGAGGAGCCAGGCAACCGGGAGCAGUGGAAAGGACGCGUGUGCAGCACAGUUCUUCCUGCUGGAUAACGGCUGCAAUUGAGUGGCAGGCAGGAGGGAAGCGAUAGGAGGCGAUUGCUCGAGUGUGUGGCAGCUGCAAACACAAACAACAAGGACAUCGCAGUAAAAGGACCGCCAAUGAAUACCAGCAACUACGAGGAGCUAGGUGUGAUUGGUACAGGAGCUUACGGUACCGUUUACAGGGCACGGGAUCUGAAGAAUGCUGGUACGAUCGUCGCCCUGAAGAAGGUGCGCGUCGCACUGACCGAAGAUGGCGUCCCGAUGUCGACGUUGCGGGAAAUUUUCAUGCUCAAACAACUCGACACCUUUGGGCAUCCGAAUGUGGUGAAACUCCUAGAUGUGUGUCAAGGGCAACGGCUAGAGCGCGAAGGGCAGUUGGUGCUGUUUCUGGUGUUCGAGCAUCUGGAUCACGAUCUGGAUGAGUACAUUAAGCGACUGCCACCGAAGGGAAUGCCACCGGUCACUAUACAGCGACUAUCGCGCGAAAUGCUUACCGGUAUCGACUUCCUGCACUCGCACCGCAUCAUCCACCGGGACUUGAAGCCGCAGAAUCUCCUCAUCUCGAGCGACGGCCACCUGAAGCUGGCCGACUUUGGGCUCGCCAAAACGUACGACUUUGAGAUGAAGCUAACCACGGUCGUGGUGACGCUUUGGUACCGUGCCCCGGAAGUCCUGCUUGGCGAAGCGUACAACAGCUCGGUCGACAUCUGGAGUGCGGGCUGUAUCAUUGCGGAAAUGUUCCAGCGGCAAGCGUUGUUCCCGGGCACGGCCGAGGGCAAUCAGCUGGAACGAAUAUUCGAAUUAACUGGCCGCCCAUCGGAAGCGCAGUGGCCGAGGGGCAUUUCGAUCGUGCGGGAAAACUUCCGCUCCACCCAGCGGCGGGAACCGCGCGAAUUCUGCCCGAAGCUGUGCGACAAUGCGAACGAUCUCCUAAAGAGCAUGCUCGCCUUCAGCCGGCACGAACGUCCGUCCGCAAGGCAGUGCCUUAACCAUGCCUACUUCAAACAGGAACCGAUGCCGACGUAAGGGGCUCCCACUACCUCCCCUCAGCAUCGCCUUACCGGUAGGUAAAUCGCACAUACACACACAAACGCAAACAAACUAUCACAUGGAUAAUAAUGAUAAGGAUAUACAACGAAACGGUAGGCGUAAAAUCGACACCGUCAACAAAAAUAUACCUUCGGGGGGGAAGAAGACAAGAACGCUUCUUCUGCCUACAUUACAGUACUAGAGUUAGUGAAAUUACCAGUAAACCCGGACUGCCAACGAAAUUGUGUACUACUACUACUACUACUACUACUGCUAGUAGUAGCAACGAUCUUAUGAUAUGAAUAUUUUGGUAUUGCUGCCUGUCUCUUUCCCUCCCUCCAUACACAGUCACAGCCAUCAUAUUGUUCGUUUUUUUUUUUUUUUUUUGCUCGAUAUUGUUAGGUAAGGCAAACAGAGGGAGACAGCAAACAAUGGGGAGAAAACAGUGGGAAACAAGAAGGAAAUCAGAGCGAGGCGUGUAGUUGGGUUAGUGAAAACUUUGGUGUCAUGUAUUUUUCACUCAUUUUCUUGUUUUGGAUUUCAGAGACUUCAGAGAGAUAUUUUUUUUAAGAAAUAGAAUUAGUCUUGAUUAUACUUAUUUUCAUUUAUUAUUACCUUUGAUAAUUAUAAAAAUUGUAAUUAUAAUUUGAACAUUACAAUUACAAUGAUUAUAAUUAUUUGCUAGGAUUAGGUCAAGCUGUCGCGCUCCGUGACCCCCUUAUAUAAGCUGCUUUAAAUUGAACUCGUUCGUUCGUGUUUGCGUGUCUUUUUAUACAGUGCCCGCUCUAGCUGUGUAAGGAAGGCGAAAGUAUACAGUGCAGUGAAUUUUAUGAAUUAUUUUAAUUAUAAAAUUAUACAGUAAUAAAAAAACGCAGAAUUACAACCAGA